UUGGGCGCGCCGUCCCUUCCGGGGCGCCCGCGCCCUCCGCCGCUCGCGCCCACGAGGGGAGCACCCGAGGAGGAGGGGAGGGGAUCGCCGGGUGAGGCGUCGCCUGCUGCCUCCAAGGAUGGGAGACGGAUUGCCGGAGCCAGCCCGCGUUGCAAAGCCUUCUCCCGCCGUGGCCGCCUGCUCCGAGGCAGAAGCGAUCGAGGUCUUGGAGAGCGCGGAGGAGGGCUUUCCUGGCGCCGCAGAGGACAACCCUAGAGUGGAAAGGAACCAAAGUUCAUCUACUCCAACCGGCUGCCCACAGGCAAAGCUGCCAAGUCACCAGCCCCCCACAGAUCAGCCUUUCCUGACCAGAACACAGUGUGACCCAAGCAGAGGGCAGAAGCAUGCCAGAAAGCACUGGAAAGCUCUGUUUGAUCAGCUUGAUCCUGAAAAUACUGGUUAUAUCAGCACUGAGAAAUUUCGGAACCUCCUCCAAAGACAUGGCUCUGAACUGGAUCCACAUAAACUGGAAGUGCUUUUGGCCUUGGCAGACAACAACUCUGAUGGGAAGAUUUGUUACCAAGACUUUGUCAACUUG